UUCUAUCUUGACUAAUUUUUUUCCUUUCCAAUUUCUGCUUUCCAGCUUUCCCCCGGAGACAGUCGUCUUGCGGGCAGGUGCAUCAGCCGGGAAACAGUUUCCCAUUGUUGCCACCGACCUUAAAGAGAAGUAUUCUCCAGGCAGUCAAGGGCUGGUGCACUCGCAGGCCCACUUCCUGGAUAGGAUUUUUAUAAGGGGAUUAACAAACAAUGGGCGAAUAUUUGAUCAGGUUUGACGGGACUUUGGCCCUCAGCUGUUGCUUUUGUCACCCUCAUUUACAUCAAUCUCGUAUUGUGUAUCUUUGUAUAUCCCUCCCAGUCAUCCUGGUUGCUCCUGUCGAUGUUUUUAGCUUACUGUUAACCAAAAUCUUCACAUCAACAUUCCAUGCAUCAAUUAUAGUUUCGCAAGAGAGAUGGGAUUCACAUAAUGAAUAGGCCCUAAUUGAAUGCUGUCUCCACUUUUAACUUACGGCCUCGUUUUGGAAAUUUCCCCUAAUUUCAUUUUACGACUUUUUUAAGCGCAGAUUUUGUUUUAUCGCCAUGAUUUUAAGCAGGAUGCAAUAAAGUUUGCAUUUUUAUAUGGUUUGUGCUUGUAUUUUAGAUUUUGCGGAGAAAUGAAGUUUGGAAACUGGUAAGAGAUUUGACCGCAAAAAUCGUUCUGGGUGAAACUUUAUCCCCUUAGUCGCCAAUCACAGUAAAUUCACUUAUUUUUAUCUCUAUGUCUUCAUAAAAUCAAUAUCGUGAGCAAUACCAUAAAGAAAACUUUCCAAGUAGACAAAAUUUUGACCUCAAUCCGUAUCUGAGGUCUAAAAUUUUUUAUAAAAGAAUUUGAAAAAUUUUUCAAAAUAAGUGGCUGUAAGUUGUAAUCGCGCCAUUUACACAGUUUUCUUUCUCCUCAUCCUGGAACCCCCCUCUCUUUCUCUCCAAUAUGGGAUUACCUUGUAGGGGUUUUGAAAAGUUUUUGGAUCGUCCAGGCCCGCAUCGUGCACGGCACUCUAGAAGAAGUAGAAUUCCAAUGGUAGAUUUAUCAACAAGGAUAAAAAUUGAUAGUGGCAAACACCAUUGUUUCUAACACAAGGGUCGCCUGCCUCUGUUUGACGACAAGCUACAGUACACCAGCUGGCAUACAGCCACCAUAAUACUCUUCCAUCGUGAAGCAGUGCCCGCAGUUUCAUUUGAGAGGGAGCGAGUAAGGGUCGUAUUUCAAAAACCAAAUGUAUAUACUCUUGUCAAACUUCGGGUUAAUCCGCACAGCAUCCAUUAUAGAAUUUGUUUGCUUUCGCUAAAUUGGCUUGUAAUAUUUUGAGCUAUCUUCUGUGAUACACAUGAUUCUAAAGUUUCACUGGCCUAUCUUCGAGAAUGGACACCAUAGCAUUUGUUCCCAUGGGUUGUUUGCACUUUGAGCUGUUGAGUUUUCUAAACGUGUCCUCCACAAUACCUCCUCCCCCAAAAUCUUGUGGUUCGUCAAAGCUUCGCGAUUACGUAGUUUGGAUCUAUCUGUCACAGUUCUGUGUUUUGAAUCUUUCUUUGUUUACACUAUUCGUUCCUUUCUUUACAAAUAUUGUUCUUAAGAUGUUUUGAGUUUUAUUACCAUAUUCCUUUCUUCUUAUUCAGUGGCCACGCAAGAAAUGUUUAUAUACCAUAGCAAGAUAAAAUAAGUUCCUUAUUUUAUCUUGACCAUAGUAAACCACUGUUAUGUUUGUGACUACGGACGGUAAACUUGGAUGAUAUUUCUACCCUCUUCUUCAUCAUCAAAUUCAGCUUUGUCAGGGUUGACUCUUGCACUUUUUUGCUGGAAGCUCUCCCCAAAGUUCCAGAACAAUUUUGCCUGUCUCCUAUCGAUUUCUAUGGUUAAAAAGACUUCGAAAUAUUAAUUCGAAAUCCGCUGAAAAAGAGUUUAUUUCAUCUCAUUGUUCCUUUGCACUAGCAUAGUCCGUUUCUAUUUUUGACGUUUCCCAUGUCUGAGGACCUUGGAAUACCGAGGUAAAAUUCUGUACCCUGGGCAUGAGAAUACCGGCUGACAGAAAAUACCGGCUGACAGAAAAUACCGGCUGACAGAAAAUACCGGCUGACAGAGAAUACCGGCUGACAGAGAAUACCGGCUGACUGAAAAUACCGGCUGACUGAAAAUACCGGCUGAGUUUCUGCAACUCGGUAUGUAAGCUAAAAGUACUUGUCCAUUUUCACAUUCCUCGCACCUCAGCCCACUCAUUCGUGAGCGGUCCGCCCCGCACCCUCUGCCUGUUACUAUAUUUAGAUAGUAAGUCACUGAAACAACUGAUAUCAAUGUCUAGAGCUAGAAAUAAGAUCGGUUAGAUGAAUCAGCAGGACAGAGUUUUUAUCAAUGGCUUAGAAUCAAAUUUCAAAGCGAUUGAUAUUUGUUUUGUGUGAAGUUUUUACACUCAAUAUUUUCCUGAAAGCAGAGAGUUCAAACACAGGUGAGAAUCGUUUAGAUUUCUGCGGUUCACUCCCAUGCCCGGUUCAAAUUUUUUCCUUUGAAUAACAAUUAGUUUUUCAGUGAUACUGACCAUACCCGAAACUGACGAUAAGUGAUCGUUCGAAAGCGUGGGUCCGGAAAAACAACGCCUUUCUCGGUUGCUCGUCUCCGCUCUCUUAUAAAUGCAACCGCUUUCUGAUAUUAAAACCCAUGAUGUCACUCAAGAGGAUCCAUCGUUAGGAAAGGGGACGUACUUACAUUGGUCCAAGAGGCAAGGAAGUAAAUACCAAAGAGAACUUGGGGCUGACCACGUUGGCCGCCCUACUGCUCUUGGUCAUACAGCAUGUUACAGCCCUUGAAAAACACCUUCUUACUCAAAUUUGGCUGUUUUAGCAGUUUCUUGUCUUGUCGUCAUUUUUGGUUGGUAUAAAUUAGCAUGGUGUAUUGAUGACUUGUGAGAUACGAUGUCUUUUCGAAGAAUGAGGUUGUGGCCCAAAAACUAAUUUCCAUCUCAGUAAAGAUUGGCGCUGGCUUCCAUUAUAACAAAGGAAACCACAAAAUUUAAUCAAUUUUCCAGACUGUUUCAUACUCAUUGGGGCAAAGUAUCCAACAAACACAAACAGAUAUCUGGACGGUGGUAUUCUCGUUACAAUCUGCACGAUUAAGACUCCUGGAUCGCCCAAGGGCAGUGGAUUGACCUCAAUGGAAAGGUGCCAUGCAGCUUGUUACUCAGUCUAUGAAUCAUUUGGUUUGGUGUUACGCAGCUACUUUCAAAGACAAGACAACAUUUGUGAUUAAAGACAAUUACAACAUAAUUACAAAUGUUCCAGUUUUGUGGAAAGCUCUUUACCCCCUCUUGUCAUCUUACUUAGCGAUCCACAUUAUGGUACUCUGUACCAUUUGUCUCAGUCUAUGAUAUAGUAAUAAGAGACUAUUCUGUGACAAAGUACAGUCCAAUGAAAUAGAUAGUUAAUAUGGUGGUUUCUCUUACUAGAGUUCCCUAAUAUUACGUAUGACAACCAAGAUAACUACUGACAGUAUUCGGAAUGAUUCAUAAUCCCGGGGGUUAAUGUAAUCUCCUUACUGGGGAAUUUCCAAAGGAAGUUUUUACAGUCAAGACAACUAUAUCUCCAAUGGUAACUGCUGAACUGGAAAUCAUAAAAAAUUCAAACAAUGAAUACAUGCGGGGUGGGGUAAGUGGGCAAUGGCCUUUCAGAGAUUUUGCAGGCCGGUUUAUUGAACUGUUUUAUAAUCUGCAUGUAAACUGUAGGGGCCGUGCACCAGAUGUAAUUACAACAAACGGAUUUUUGAAACCACGUUUUUCGUCACGUGAUACUGUGGGAAUGCGCAAUCUUACCGUGUAAAAACUUUAAAAAAUUGAUAUGGACAUGUUCAUGUUAUACCAACCGACAUAGUACUCUAACCUCACAAAAGAAGAGAGGAAUGUUCUGCACGAUUUAAAAGCAUCUAUCAAGCAAUGUGAAAUUUGCAAAUGGCUUUGCUAGAAACCUUAUACAGUAUACAACCUCUAACACUUCUAUUUGUUGUAUGCAAGGAAUUGCAAGAGCAGAGAGAACAACCACACCCUCCUGCUAAACAAAUACAUAUAAAAAAGGUCAAUACAAGGUUACAAGCACCAGGCACCGCGGAGCGUUGAGAAAAGUGGGGGGUUUAGGGAAUAGGGACAAAUGUAAAGACAUAUAAAUAAGACAUAUAACAGAUAAAAGGAAACUGGGGUAAUAAUGUUCUUGUCGACAAGAAAAUUGAAAAAGAUGUCCAUUCGUGAAGUCCAGACCAGGGCAGAAAGCUACUGUACCUAAGUGAUGAGCUCCCCGAUGGGGCUUUCAGCUGGAUGUGCCUUGCACUCCAUGCGUCUUGCACUCCAUGCCCCUUGCAAUUUUGUUGAUAAUGGUGGGCCAAGACGUGAAAUUUAGUGAUUCGACUCCAGCCGUCCCGAUAAGUCCCAUUAUCAAUGCUUCGUCCCGUCCACCCGAUUUGAGAUUUUUUGGCCGAUCUGGAGAAAAUUCAUCCAAUUAUGCUGUAUACCUCAAAUAGAACAUUAAAAAAACACCAGGAAAUCUAUUAAAACUUUGAAAUAGCUUCUCCUCUUUUGGAUCCUUCAUUUAAAGAGAAGGUUGUAUUAAAGAGGAAGGUUGUAUUAAAGAGAAGGAUUGUGAAAAAUUGCUUCCAAUUUGCAUUUUCCAGCAAACUGGAGGCAUCCAAAUUUGACAAUUUUCCCACCCUUUCGCGGCAACCUGGGGUAGUAAGAAAAUCCAGACGUUUUGUUUAGAUUAAAGAAACAGUCUUAUCUAUAAAUCAAUUGAGCAAUAAAGUCUAUUUUUCAUAUACAUAGAUAUACAAUAUUUUCCACUCAUUAACUAGUGUUUUUUAGUUUUAAAAGAAAAGGUUUCAGCAUUCAAGCUAUUAUUCAAUUCUUUAUGAAGCUGCGUUUAUCUCAGUUUCUGCAAGAAAAAUGUUCAGACUUUCCCAUCUACGUUUGGGCCCCGGGGCCCUGAAAAUGUAAGUGCCGCUCUGUUUAAGGCCUGUUUCCCUCAACCUUUUUCGCAUUAUUAAAAAUAUUUCUAAUCUUUUCUAAUAAUUUCUUAAAGAGUUGUUGGAAUAAGGCCUUGAUGACUUGACAAAUGGAAGCGGGUAACACGAGUAUUACACCCACGUAUUGCCAAGAUUUAAUUUUCUCUGACAGAACAUGAUUAUCGUAAUGUGAAUAGAUUAACUUGCAGUAAAGGCGUCUAUAAGUAUGUGUAAGAAGAGGGAGGAGUUUGUAAAAGCAUCUUAUGUACGUGAAAGAGUUGGGGAUGGAUGAUUUUGCCCUACAGAUACCCAGGUGCAUAGCGGCGUUGUCGGAACGAGGUUCUGUUUGUGUGUGUGUGGGGGGGGGAGGGGGAUAUUGGCUGUCAAUUCCACUGCUAAAUUCGGCAAUUACUGGGGGCCGCAACCCUCCUCCAGCCCUGCUUCUGAUUACCCUGGAAUGCGGAAGCUUGUCACUGACACUCUUGUUUUUUUAAGUAAAACUUUAUAAAGGAAAGCUUGUUUAUAGCGAGGGGUGUAUCGCUCCAAAAAUCCUCGUACACCCUGCCAAAGAUCCGCAAAAAUUCACUAAAAUCCUUUUAAAAAACAAGAGAUCCACCAAGAAAACAAAUUCCGAAAAUCCAAUCAGACUCAGAAAUGUGCAAGAAAUGUCCGGUACCAAGUCAAAGAAAUAAGGCCAACUCUGGCAACAUCAGCGUUGAAUCACAUAACGGAAUUACAUUUUGGACGAGAAUCUUUUGGAUCAAUCAAAAACAUCAUCGAAAGAUACGGUGGAUGAUCUGGACGAUUAUCUGGAUGAUUUGGAACAGUGAAUACAGAGACUUCCCGUUGUUGUUGCUGUUACCCUUCCUCAUCAUAGUUCCUUGCUGGCUGACAGUCAUUUUUGGUAACACGAGUUCUUCUUCCAGUCGUCCUAUUAUUUUUGUGCACCAAAAAUCCCUUCCUUGACAAAAAAAACGUAAAAAGAGCUACCAACCCUUGAUUUUACAAAAAUCUCGGCACCGCAGAUGCGCAACAUAACGAGAACGUAACAUUGGAAACCCUGGAGACCAGCGCCUCUUUAGGAGAGAAGAUGAUCCUUCCAAGUCAUUGUUAGGGAGAAUACUAUCAUUUUCGUGCUUAAAAGGCAAUAAAAGGCCAAGAGCUACCUUGGAAAAUGUAGCCAAACCAUAGUUGAAAAUUUUCCAGCAUGAUGAAAUGACAAAACGAUAUAUGCUCUAAGAACUUUAACGCAACUCAAUCGAGCCAUUGUAUAAAAAGAUGACUCGAUCAAGACUCUUUUGUGGAAAAGCUGAAUAGUCUAUUAAGUAAUACAUGAUUUAAUGAAAGUGCCAAAACUUGAUAUCGUUGGAAUGAAGAUAGAAUAUAUUUUAAAAUGGUAUGCGUCAAAUGAAUUCAAAUGUCAUCAUUUUUUGAAGAAUUCUGAGGUGGGCGGAGUGUUUCUGAUACCCUGUCCACCCUGCAUUAUCGUUAUGCUUUUGCUUGAGUUGCUUCGUUGAGUUAUGUUUUUAAGUUAAAAGGACAUGGCUUAAUAACUUGUUUUGAUCAUGUUUUGAUCUUUUCACAGUUCUUUUCACAGAACUGCAUGAAUAAAUAAAAUGUGCCAACUAACAUUUCGCGAUAAUCGAUAUUGUCAAAUAAAGAGGCAUAAUGAAGCUAAAUGACUUUUCUUUAAGAUUUUCGGAGGAAAAAUCCGAAAAAUUUGCUCAAAAUCUGAAAAAAUCCGCAAAUCCGGACCGGAAAUUGACGGGUUUUUGAAUCCAAAAAAUCUCGUACGCCUUUUUAUGGAGUGAUACACCUCUCGGUUUAUAGCAUACCAUUAAAAGCAUUCGUUAGGGAUAUGGAGGUAGGGGGUGCUUGUCUAAUCUUAAGAAAGGAAAUUUGAAGUAACAUUUUUUGCCAACUAAAUAUCAUUCCACUUAAAGUAUUGCAUGAACGGAAUACAUUUAUUUACAUUGAAUAAAACAAGGGUUAUGGGCCUUUCGUUCAAGUAAAAUUGGCGUUCCUUCCGGUUGAAAGGACGUUUUUUUAUGGUAAAAGAGCGUUGCCUGAAAAGUUUCGCUUUGUCCCCCCCCCCUCCCAAAGCCUAUUGACUGGCGCCGCCAUUGUUCGAACGGUUCACCAAUUUGGCUCAACCCACAACAACAACCACCGUUUCCAGCAACUUGGCUCUCGCACCAGCGCUUGUGGUCACUGGAGUUCCAGCAGUUUUAGAAACAUUUAAGUUACUACCCAUGAUUUAAAGCUAUUUAAUAUAGAUUUUCAAGGUUUCCGCUGUUUGUCAUGUCUGGAAGGUCUAUGUUUUAGACAGAUACUUCAUAUGGCGGGGCAGUCUUGGAUGUCUGCCUUCCCUAGCCUCCGCGUUGCAAUACUGGCCAAGUGGCCGCACGGGUUGCCGGAGGCCACACAUGUAUUUUUUGAUCGUUUAUUAACGACCCUCUUGGGGGAAAGACUGGAUGUGCUUUUCCAGUUUCUGCAUCUUUACUUGCUUUUGUUUCCUUUGAAAUAAAUGAGCAACGGUAUUCUGAUGUUCCUUUUAAAAACUGGAACUCUGCAACGUUCUUUGAGUUACUGAGUUGUUUUACGAUAACUUGGAUCGUCUUCCUUAUUUUAGCAGUGGCCCCUCCUCGAGGUAGCUGUUACCAAGGUUAUGAUGCUUUUUAUUGGGGGUCUGACGUACCCCCUAUUUUGUGAAUAAGAUUUAAGCGCCUUCUUUUUUAGUGAUGUUUGUCGGUUCUUAAAGCUAAACGAUAGUUUAUUCAAAAUAAACCGAAACUAAGGUACUAAGUUUCUUAAAAUAGUAUCCACUUAUUCCUUUAAUAAAUCCUUCUCCUAUUUUUAGUUAAUGUCCAACUUCCUAUCACUGUUUGGGUUUGUCAUUGUAAAAUGGUUCAACUCUUAAAAACUGCCUUCAAAAAGCCAAACCGCUCUUGCGGCCGGCGGCUGCAGUAGUGAGGGCCUGAUUUGAAUGGCCAAGUAUUUCAACGGUUCUAAGAGUCCACACCUGUACUGACAUGAGCAAACAAAGGAAAAAAUAAUGCCCUAUUGUUUUGUGAAUGAUAAUAUGGAAUUGGAGAUAAUGGACCUCGUGUUUUAUUGUUCAAGGCUACCUGAGUUUUGAUCAAACCACGGCUCUUGGUGUUAGAGAGGCAGCGAUUUGACAAGAGAAAGACAUAUGAACUCAUCAAAAAACAUGUCUGAAGAGAACAAAUUAGAGAAGAGGGCUUACCGUGGAAAUCUAAGAUUGUCGAGAAAGCAAAAAACAGAGCGAGUGCGGCGUGAAAGAAUCAAUUCUGCUCUAGAUGAGCUCAAAGGCAUGGUUUGUAAAGAUGAGGAAAGGAGUGACAAGGUCGACAAAGCAGACAUACUCGAAGCGACCGUCAGCUAUGUUCGUCAGUCAAGAACAAAAGAAUAUCAACAAAAUCCCAAUUACCGAUCUGGUUACAAUCAAUGUGUGAGCGAAUUCGUCCAGUUCCUCAUUACGCUGGACAGCAUUCAAGCUGAAGACAAAGCUAAGUUGCUGGCUGGCAUGGCAACAAUUUUAUGUGGUGUCAAAAAACAGGACGAGAACACUACAGAAGAGUUAACGACACCUCAACUAGAACAACAGCAACAACACGUUCAGAAUGUUUAUAGUGGGCCGCCAUGUGGGAAGAUGCCACUUCCAAAACUUCACAGGCAGCCUUUGCAGCAAGUUAAUAUGAAUUCCAUGACCCUAGGGACUUCUGCCCAAAGUCCCAGCCCCAACAACAGAUCCUCCUUGUCAGUUCGAGUCUCUCUUUCAAGUGUAGGCUCUGUGACAAGCCCUUCCAGCACUUGCUCAGAAAGCAGCAGUUUUGGUGUUUCAAUGCAGCCUCUUUCUGACUCAAGCUUCGACAUGCUUGAUUCAGUAUUCUGCGAGACAAGUGGCCUCGAAACGGGUUUUGGAAAAGCAGUCAGUGCAAGCAUUAAUCUAGAAGUUAACGAGCUUUCCUCAAGGGACAACGAAGAGAUUGAGGAAAUGGCCGGCACCUUACCACCCAUGUGCUCAUUUUUAGAUAUCUAAUUCCAAACGAAUGAAGAAGCAGCGAAAAAGAACUUUGGCAAGAUUUUUCCCACAGCAGUUUGCUUUAUAUUUCAGAAGGGUCUUUAUAUUUAGGACUUUGUUUGUAUCGCAGAAGAAGCUCAUUCGAGAGGCCUAGUUCUUAUGCCAGUUUAGUAUGUGAAUAUUUUUAGUUAGUUAAAAUUGUUAGAUGUAGAAUAUGAUUUGACAAUAAUGGGAAGCUUUAUGCUUUGGUAUGCUUUUAUCAUCCUUGUAGAUAAAAGCAAUCUUUUAUGAUGAACGACACCUUAAAUGACGAGGACUACCUUAAAUAAUAGGCACAACCUUAAACGAAUGGCUCUUCCAGUAAUUGAUAAACUUAACUUAACUAGUUGCCGUACAAACUAUUUUAAGCCCCCUGUCUAUUAAACCUCCUUCUCUAUUAAGCCCUCCUCUCUAUUAAACCCCUUUACCAAGUCAAAAUUUGAAAUAAGCCAUUGAUAUCAAUUAAAGAUGAUAUUCACGUUGACUGGGUCUCUUAACGGGCGUGAUGAUGAUAUUAUCAUAUGCAUCGCAUUUUUAUAAUUUAUUUUAUUUUGAAUAAUUAAUAAGCCCCACUCUCUUCUAUAAACCCCUCUCUCUUUUAAACCUCCCUCUAGGACUGAAAAAAACUAAAUAAGCCACCCCCCCCCCCUCCAUGGCUUAAUAGAGCCUUUACGGCGAGUAACUGCCAUCAUAUUACUAGAAAUUCAGUCAACUUCCAUACUUUCGUAAAACACCAUAAUAAGAUUUUUGAUAAAAUUCUUUAUUUAGGAAGUUUAUCAAUUAUGUAGCCACUCACUCUGAUAUAACUAUUCGUCUGUUGUUUCAUCGCUAAGCGAAAAUGAUACUAAGCUUUCCAGUUUUAUGUAAAGUUGUUGUCUUCUUAAGCCAUUCAGCAUCUGAUGUAGAAUACCGUUUUUGGUAUAUGUAAUGCUAAACCAGUUCAAAAUUGUAAAUAGAACAUUUGAUGUAUGGAAAAAGAAAGUCACAGAAACACAAGCCUAGCUGCAUCCUUUGCUUCUAAUCUUUCAAAACCAACGAGGUGAUUUUUCAAAAUAGGUCACUACUUCCCAGUCUCUUUCGCAAACCGGUAUUUGAUGAUCCCACGAUGGUGGGGGGGGGGGCGAAGGUGUUGAAGAGCAAGGAAAGCUCAUUGUUAAAGCAUCUGUGUAGUUUUUUGUUUCCUUGUUGCAUAUCAACACAUCAUAAUUUUAUAGCUGUAUGCUAUGCUGUAGAAUUUCAUUACUGAUUUUAUCUGGAUUUUAUGACGAACCUAUUUUUAAAAGCAGAUCGUCCACCUUUCUUUUUAACUCAACAAUUACGAAACCCGAAAACCUCUACUGAACCAACAGAUCUGAAUACCACAGUUAAUUUUCUUGUGAUCGUACUUUUUUGAGUUUGAUCGUACUUCUUAAUCUUUCUUCUUGGAAAAACUUGUAUCACCCUGAUUUGCUGCAGAAGGUUGCAGUAUUUUGUGAAGAAGAAAGAAAGUUGUUUGAUUACCCCGUUGUACAAUCCUUAUAGGUGUAUUGACAGGGGCAGAAAUGCUGUAGCUUUCUAAUGUUGAUUAACAUCAACAAAGAAAAUUCUUCCGCCUGAAGCAUCCUUGAAUUUCUUCUUUGCUUUGGUCAACAAGAAACGUUCUGACGGGUCCGACAUGGGGGUUG